AUGCUUUCCAAGAGGACACAUUUCUGCCUUCUUCUGGGAUCAGCAACACUUUCAUCGGCCUCUCCGCUCGCUCGCAGACAGGCACAGACAUAUGGACGCAUGAUCGUCUUCGGUGACAGCUACAGUGAUGAUGGAAAUGGAGCCUGGGUGGCCAGCAACCACACUUGGCCCGCUGAUCCAGCGUAUUACAACCACAGCUUUUCCAACGGCCCAAAGUGGUCGAAUGACCUCGCAGACACGCUGAGUGUCGAGCUGUUGAACUACGCAGCCGGAGGCGCCACAGCAGACAACUCCUUCGUGCAAGGCUACACUGGAGCAGAAAGUACGAUCCCAGUCCCUUCGACACGAGAUCAGAUCGCAACGUUCCUCAAUACAUCUUCCCCGCGACCUGACGACCUUUUCGUCCAUUGGAUCGGUGCCAACGACGCUCUUUGCGACACCAACAUCACUGGAGCGGAACUCACCAGCCUGAUCAAUCGCGACGUCGACACUCUUUUCAGAGCUGGGGCUCGGACGAUCUUGUUCGCGAAUUACCCGCCGGUGAAUCAGUUCCCGGCUACAUAUGGCAGUUCAGAUUAUGCUUUUGCCGACGACUACGCCAAGGGAGUAGACACUGGUCUCGGCAAUCUAGUCGCAGGCUAUUCGGCAUACAUCAAGACAGGCUUCAUCGACGUUCAAGCCCUAUUCGCGAACAUCACCAACAACCCAGCGGCUUAUGGGGUUGACGAGAAGUACGUGAAUCCACCCACGGCUUGCUUACAGGGAGCGUACCCCAGUGAGGGUGUUCCGAGGUCGCUGUGCGAUGACCCGGAGAGGCAUCUGUAUUUCGAUCCCUAUCAUCCUGUGAAGGAGGUGCAUACUAGGAUCUCGCAGCUCUUCCAAGAGAAGCUUGCAGAGCUGGCAGGGUAG